CUUUUUGACAGUAGACGAAGUGACAAGCACCACCAGAAUCAUAUGCACAAUUGUAAUAUUGUGGGUUUGUAUUUGGAUGAAUGUGUACAACCUAACGAUAUCGAUAUUAUGAGUUGAGUUAGGCUUUACGAACAAUUGGGUUUGUAUUUUUGUGCAUGAGAGGAAGCAUCAAGGAAGGAGAGGGAGGAGAGAAUCUGAAGUCAGCCUCACUUUCCCUUUAAAUUAAAGUUGUGGAUCACCUUUGGUCUUGGGAGUUUUAUCACAAUUUCUAUUCUGUAGUUUGGAGAUCUCCUCUCUCUUGUUUAUUACUUCUACUUCUAGAUAGGAAGGCAGUAAGGGAAGUAAUGGCCUCCAAGAGAGAUUGCUUUGACAUCUCUGGACCCUUACAUCUAACUUAUGUCAACUGGGAUGAUGCUUGUAAUCGAAAGUCAGUUGCUGCUAGUUUGGUCCAAGGUGUUUACAUUCUGGAAAAGGAUCGGCAAGAACAACGAGAAGGUCCCAAUGCUCUAGCACUUCCUUGGUGGACAUUCUUCCAUUUUCAGCUGCAUCAUACACUAAUUGAUGAUGUUGAUCACUCCAUAUUUGGUGCAAUUUAUGAGUUCAAGCCUCCAUCAUCAAUUUGCAAUGACACCUUACAUAGAAGUCCGCGUUAUGUAAUUGCCUUUCGAGGGACUAUAAAAGAACCAGACACAUUAAUACGCGAUUUCCAUUUGGAUUUUGAAUAUUGUAGAAAUGGACUUCAUCGAACUUCACGACCAAAAAUAGCCAUCGAAGCUGUCAGAAACAUGGUGGAUAUUGUAGGUGGUUCGAAAAUAUGGUUGGCUGGCCACUCCCUAGGUUCAGGAAUUGCAUUGCUUGGAGGAAAAGCUAUGGCUAAGAAGGACAUAUUCAUUGAGUCUUUUCUUUUCAACCCUCCAUUUCCAUCUGCUCCAAUUGAAAGAAUUAAAAAUAAAAAGUGGAAAGAAAGGCUUCGAGUCGCUGGCAGCAUGUUCACAGCUGGACUCGCGGUUGCUACAAUGGAUAUCAAAAAAUUGUCCUUUGAUUCUUUUACUGCUUUGUCUGCUUGGGUUCCAUGCUUAUUUGUAAAUCCAUGUGACAAAAUAUGUUUGGAGUAUGUCGGAUACUUUGAACAUAGAGGAAAAAUGGAGGAUAUUGGUGCUGGAAUCAUUGAGCAGAUAGCAACCCAAACCUCGCUAGUUUCUCUAAUGAUGAAUGUGUUUGGUAAGGAACCUGAAGAUUCUGAACCUCUACAUCUCAUUCCUUCAGCUACUCUGACAGUUAACUAUAAUCCUACUGGAAAUUUCAAAGAAGAUCACGAGAUUCACCAGUGGUGGAAACCAGACUUACACUUGAAAUCCGAACUCUACAAAUACCAGUAGUUCUUCUAGUUAUUGUACUCAAGUAUGAGCAGAAAAUGCUAUUUAGCUUUUAAGUUGU